AUGAGAGAAUAUUGGACCUCGUUGGCGUCACUUCUGGGUGUGUUUGCCUUCUGUCAAACCAUCCUCCAAGCAGUGUUCCCCCCGGAGCUGCGUUUCGCCUCCGUCAAGCUCUUUAACCGGAUCUUCCACUGCUUCUCCUCCUACUGCUACUUCGACAUAACGGAGAUAGACGGCGUCAACACCAACGAGCUCUACAACGCCGUGCAGCUCUACCUCAGCUCCUCCGUCUCCAUCACUGGGAACCGGCUGAGCCUGACACGCGCCCUGAACUCGAGCGGGUUCACCUUCGGGCUCGCCAACAAUGACAGCAUCGUGGACACGUUCAACGGCGUGAACGUCCUCUGGGAGCACGUAGUGACGCAGAGGCAGGCCCAGACCUUCUCGUGGCGCCCACUUCCCGACGAGAAGCGUGGCUUCACGCUCCGGAUCAAGAAGAAAGACAAGUCCUUGGUCCUCAAUUCCUACCUCGAGUACAUUAUGGAGAAAGCCAGCGAUAUUAGAAGGAAGAACCAGGAUCGUCUUUUGUACACCAAUUCCAGGGGUGGCUCCUUGGACUCCAGGGGGCACCCUUGGGAAUCUGUGCCCUUCAAGCACCCCAGCACCUUUGACACAUUGGCCAUGGACCCUCAGAAGAAGAAAGAGAUCAUGGAGGAUCUUCAGGACUUCGCCAAUGGGCAAUCUUUCUACCAUAAAACUGGAAGGGCUUGGAAGAGGGGUUACCUUCUCUAUGGCCCUCCCGGUACUGGUAAAUCUAGCAUGAUUGCUGCUAUGGCCAAUUAUCUUGGCUAUGAUAUCUAUGAUUUGGAGUUGACUGAGGUGCAUAACAACUCUGAACUCAGGAAGCUUCUCAUGAAAACUAGCUCCAAGUCUAUCAUAGUGAUUGAAGACAUUGAUUGCUCUAUCAAUCUCACCAACAGAAACAACAGUAACAGUUCUGUUUCUGCUUCGAGGAGUUACUAUGAUUCGGAGCUACGAGGUGGUGGCGGUGGUGGGUGUGGUGAGGAAGGUGGGAACACAAUUACUCUGUCUGGUUUGUUGAAUUUCACAGAUGGGUUGUGGUCUUGUUGCGGGAGUGAGAGGAUUUUCGUGUUUACCACCAACCACAUUGAGAAGCUCGACCCUGCUCUGUUACGGAGUGGGAGAAUGGAUAUGCAUAUUUUCAUGAGUUACUGUUCGUUCCCGGCGUUGAAGAUUCUGCUGAAAAACUACUUGGGGUGUGAAGAGUGUGAGUUGGAGGAGUCGAUUUUGAAGCAGUUGGAGGAGGUCGUUAACGUGGCGCGUAUGACUCCAGCGGACAUCAGCGAGGUUUUGAUCAAGAACAGGCGCAAGAAGGAGAAGGCGGUGGAGGAGUUGUUGGAAACGUUGAAGGUGAGAGCGGAGAUGAACGAGAAAAGUGGGGUUCUGAGAGGGGAGAAUGGGGUUGAAGAAGAGGAAGAGCAGGAGAAAAGAGCUUUGGACAGUGAGAGUCCUAAGGAGGAGUCAGAGAUUGAGGACAAUUGCAAGGAGGAAGAGGAAGAAGAGAAGAAGUGA